AUGUACAAAUUGUUUGUCCUUGCUGCCUUCUUUGCCAUUGCUGCUGCCCGUCCCGGAUAUUUGGGUGGUUCUCAUGUCGCCUAUACUGCACCUUUGGCAACCACUAUUGUCCAAGAACCAACAUUGGCCCAUGUUGGUACCGUAGUGAAGAGCAUUCCCACCGCUGUUUCUCAUCAAUCCAUCUCUCAAGUUCACUCCUCGGCCCAAUAUGUGCAGCCUAUUGUUACUCCUGUUGUUAAAACCUAUACUGCUCCAGUAUAUAAAACUUACACUCCUGUUGUGAAGACUAUUGCCACACCUUUGGUUCACUCCUAUGGUGCUUCUCCAUUGGUUUCAUCUGCCUACACCAGCUAUGGUGCUGCUCCCGUAUUGAAAACUUAUGGCUCUUAUGCUCCAUCUUAUGUUGGUGCCUACGGCAGCCACGGAUGGUAA